ACAAGCGCGAACCAAAAUUCAAGUUUUGUUUUUUCGUGGAAAGGCGUCCCAAAAACUAGCCAAAGAUGAAUUCGAACUUUCUAAUAUUAAACAUAGACGUCCACUCCUGGACGGAGCAGGAUGUGCACGUAUUCCCAACGAUUAGCAAGCCCGUUUCGCAUGGCGGAUUUAUUCUCUCGCCAACCGGUCAUUUUGAGCGGAAUGCGCAGGGAAUGCGAUUUAUUGUAAUGCCGUCAAGCAACCGAUUCCCCAUCUCCCUGCGGUCCAAUGAGCCACAGGUGCAGAGGAAAAACCACCAAGUCCUUCUGGACAACAUGCUCCAGUUCAUCGAGUCCACGCGGUUCUCCUUCCUCAAGGUGAACAGCAACAUGCGCGUGGAGCUGAAUGCCCACAUAGUGUGCACCAGCGAAGUUCUCGAGCUGAUGAUGUGUGCUCCCUACGAGAACAAGUCGGGAUGGUCACUGGGCGUCUCCCGCUACAGGAACACCAUGUACAUCUGCCGCCUAGACAGCGAACAACCCGACGCCUUCGAUGGGGACAAUUUCAGGAAGGUCAUGCAAGAAUCCUGGCUAAGAAAGCUGCACAAAUACUGUGUAUUCGAAAACGGCGUCGUGGAGCCCAGGAACCAGCAAUCCCCCGAAGAAACGGGCUGCUUUCAUGGCGUCUUCUCAUUCGACCUAAAUGGCAAUCGAGUUCUGUUCGAUUCACCAGUUCUGGCUGAGCUGAACCCCAAUGGAUUCAAUGGUCCUGCCCACAACUGGGCGGAGCUGCAGUUGCGCCUGGUGCACAUGAACCGAGCCGAUUGGGCAACCCACAAUCGCACGGAGGCCCUCAAAUGGUGGGUCAAGUGCUUCCUUUUGGGCAUCGAAAGCCUUUAUAUAGCCCAUCGCGAUGAGAACGCCUUUGUGCUGAACAUCCAAAAGACUUCUGUUCGGGAUUUGUGGAAAGAUUGCGAAAAGGAUUGGUCGACCGGCGUGUGCGCCAACUUUAUGGUGCGCUUGCUCAAUAGUAUAUCCCAAAUCAUGGCACCGAUCGACUGUCCCAGCACAGUUUACCUAUUCAAAUUCGACCCCACGCGCGGCAAGGUAGCCUACCAGGCCUUCCAAGGACGCAAUCAAUACACAUUCCUGGCGGACUGGUUCCGGACGAUGCUGGACGAUCACAUGGAAGACACCAGAGCAGCUUAGCGACAUUUCAAGAACCUAA